AAAAAGUGCAUAGAAUAUGAACUUCAUUUAUAAUUCAUUAGGAUAUGUGCUCGGUUAUCUGGGUUUAAAGAAAAAUGAUGAAUAAAUGCUAUUUUUAAGCGCCAGAUGAAUCUGACAAUACUUAUUAUUCUGAAUUCUCACAGGAAGCGAAUUUAACAACUGAAAGUAAAGGAAAAUGCAAUUUCAGGUGUGACUAUCCAACUGUUUGACACCUUUAACGUAUUUCUUAAUAUUUUUAAUAUCCGUUCCAUCUUCUGGAGGUGUGAAAUGGGCCGAAGCCAACAUGACCACGACGAGAGAGGUGACUCCAUUAUCCUGGUCUUAUUCUACAUACUCUCCCCAUACUAGAAUCCCAACGUGUGCGGCAUCUACACCUAAGAAGAACUGUUAUUUGACCAAAGGGAAAUUAUUUGCAGCUUUUUUUAUAUUGUUUUUUACGUCGUUUUUGAUCGCGUUAAGGAUCGUUUAUGCAGGAUAUUUCCCUAACGCGCCAAUAAUAUGUGUCACCUCUUAUAACCAGGCUUCAGACAUACCUUCAGAUUCGAGAGAUCACGUCAGAUUUCCUAGAACCAAAAGAAGAUUGCCACAAUGCAUCAUCAUAGGCGUGAGAAAAGGUGGCACGCGAGCCUUGUUAGAGUUUCUGAAUAUACACCCGGCUAUACAGAAAGCCACAGAUGAAGUCCAUUUUUUCGACGACGAUUCCAAAUAUCAAUUGGGUCUGGAAUGGUAUAGAAGAAAAAUGCCUUAUUCAUUCCCGGAUCAAAUAACUCUAGAAAAGAGUCCCGCUUAUUUUAUCACGGAGAGUGUACCAUGGCGCAUACAUUCCAUGAAUGAAACCAUUAAACUACUGUUGAUAGUUCGAGAUCCGGUUACAAGACUAAUUUCGGAUUAUGCUCAAUUAGCGGCCAAUAAGGCGAGAAGAGAUAGAAGCAUCGCAUCUUUUGAAGAUUUGGUUAUCCAGUCCGAUGGGAGUAUCAAUACCAGCUAUAAAGCAGUUCGUAUCAGCAUGUACUCUAUCUAUUUUAGAAGAUGGUUAGAAUUGUUUUCUAGGAAUCAGAUUCACGUAGUGGAUGGCGACCUCCUCAUUAAAGAUCCUUAUCUCGAAAUGAGGAAGAUAGAAGAAUUUUUAGGUAUAAAUCAUAGAAUAACCAGGGAUCAUUUUGUUUUUAAUAAAACAAAAGGUUUUUAUUGUGUCAGAAAUGAAACUGCUGAUAAAUGUUUAAACGACAGCAAAGGAAGAAAGCAUCCUGAAAUUUCUAAUGAGAUCAUUCAUAAGUUAAGACGAUUUUAUGCUCCUUAUAAUCACGACUUUUAUAGAACUUCUGGUACGCAAUUUAAUUGGCCUGAAAAGUGAUUGUAAGCUCUUUAAUUUUACAAAUUCCCUCACGAAAGAUUUUAAAAUGUUAUUUUACAGUGCAAUAUGAUCAUUUCGCUCCUAAAAUCCAAGCAAUUUAAUUUCAAUUGCAUAACUACAUCUAAAUUUAUAUAAUCGAUCCUAAAUUAACAUGAUUUUGGUAAAAAAAAAAAUUCAAUGGAUUUACAAUAAUUCCAUGAGUGGUGUCCAUUAGGGUGAGAUAUACAAUGAUUUUAGUCGCGGUAUUUUAGCAUUUUCUAUUUAAGCAUUGUUUUGUUUUCUACAUAAUUGCGGAAUAUUUGCAUUGCUACUUAGAAAAUUCAUUAUAAACUAAAGUAUUGGACAUCUCGCCUGUCAGGACAUUACACUCAGAUUUCCUAUUUUUGCCAAACUUAACUAAGAAGUUCCGAAAAAAAAAAAAAAAUAAUAACAAUAAUAAAUUAAAGAGGCGACGAAUAGUCUAACAUUAGAAUAAUAUGUAAUCUAGCAGCUUAUGUUGUGUUAAUAUUUGUCUUUAUAAGAUUUUAUGUAUAUUUUUAGAUGUUUCUUCCAUAUUGGAAAGAUUAUAAUAAUGUACAGUAUAAGCAGUUUGUUUCACACUGCAAUAGAUUAUAUUACGCUGCUGGUUUGUGUUAAAAUUUACAGAGGAAAAAAAAAAAAAAAAAAAA